UUCUCCGAGUUCGCGUCUCAGCGGGCCCAGUCCUCAUGGCCUCCCAAAACCGCGACCCCGCCGCCCCUAGCGUUACUGCCGCCCGCAAAGGAGCCGAGCCCAGCGGUGGCGCGGCCCGGGGCCCUGUGGGCAAGAGGUUACAGCAGGAGCUGAUGACCCUCAUGAUGUCUGGUGACAAAGGAAUUUCUGCCUUUCCGGAGUCAGACAACCUUUUCAAAUGGGUAGGGACCAUCCAUGGAGCAGCUGGCACAGUAUAUGAAGACCUGAGGUAUAAGCUCUCCUUGGAGUUCCCCAGUGGCUACCCUUACAAUGCUCCCACAGUGAAGUUCCUCACUCCCUGCUACCACCCCAAUGUGGACACCCAGGGUAACAUCUGCCUGGACAUCCUCAAGGACAAGUGGUCAGCCUUGUAUAACGUCAGGACCAUCCUACUAUCCAUCCAGAGCCUGCUAGGAGAACCCAACAUCGAUAGUCCUUUGAACACACAUGCUGCGGAGCUCUGGAAAAAUCCCACAGCUUUUAAGAAGUACCUGCAAGAAACUUAUUCAAAGCAAGUGUCUAGCCAAGAGCCCUGACCUCAGCUGACCAGCCUUUUCUCUUGUCUUUACUUCUUUAGUCUGUCCUAUCCUUGAUUUCUGUGUAAGACACUGUGUCUUGAGCUGUGGUGUUUUUGUUUUGUUUGUUUUUUAAAUUAAGUCUCUGGUUGAGCCUUUACAAUGUAUAUUAUUAAAUAAAAACAUUGUGAUUGUUUAAAAAAAA